AUGCAGGAUUGGGUGAUCCAGGGCCCCUUUUGUAAGGUGUGUCUUCUAGCAGUCCAAGCCGUCGCAAACGUCUCGGUCGUCUCCAUCCCUGAGACCCCACUCGAGGGUCAGAAUGUCACGCUCUCGGUGGAAAAUGUGAUGGGCACCAUCCGUCAGUUCGACUGGUACCGAGGGCAGGCGACAGACGGGGGGACGAGGAUCUUCACCUACUUCCCCGGAUAUGGCCGUCCUCAGCGUAACGGGGUCCAGUUCACCCAGAGAGAAUUUGCUUUACCCAACGGGUCCCUCCUCAUCAGUGGAGUUCGGGCCUCCGACGCCAAGCCUUACACGGUGGUCAUUUUGGUCCGGCCCAAAGGAACCCUCAAGGGGACGAUUGAUCUCAGUCUGGCGGGCUCAACCACCAAGCCACCCCCCGUGACGUUCACCUCCCUGAAACCCCCGGCGAAGGAGCCAGCCAAGGUCCCUUGGAUGAUGGGCUGGAUAGUGGCCGGAGUCGUGGUCGGCAUUCUUCUGGCUGGAGCCUUGGGGGCCGCCGUGGUUUACCGCUUUGUCCUACAGAAGGCAGAUCCGGGCUCAGGAGUGGCAGGGAAACUGGACGCAAGAGUCAAAAAGCCACCAGUAUCUAAACAUGAUGACAAGGAACCCAUUUACGAGGUGAUGGAUUCGCCAGUGGAAUCACCGAAGAUAGACGGGAAAGGGCCUCCCCCUAUCCCGGGGCCUCAACCUCCUCUGCCAGGCACUGGCCCCAAGCUGGACUCAAACUACAUGGAUCUGCUGUGCAGGGCAGAAUCAAUCUAUUCUGAGAUCAAGAGGUGAUGCCACAGCUUGAACUAUGCUUC